GAUCGUACGUGCAUUAGACUUCGGCGUCGAGUCAGAAUAACGAGGAAUUGGAUUGCAGCGGCAGCGGCAGCGGCCUUCGCGUCUCCAGAUCUGAGCAUUCGCCGGCGGGUCAAUUAUCUGUCAUCUUUUACUGAAAUGAUUGAUGAUCAGGGCCUGGGCUUCUUUGCCAACUUCCUUGGCGUCUUGAUAUUUAUGUUGGUGAUCGCAUAUCAUUAUGUGAUGGCUGACCCGAAAUAUGAAGGUAACUGAUGGGAUUGUCUCGGUACCCACAGGUAUACCAUGUAAAAGACCAAAGAGCUUGUGUUGGGUUCAGUUUCAUAAACAAAUGUUUCCCAAAAGGAAAAUAUGUAUGAUCUAAGAGGAAGUUUUGCUAGACAAUUUUUAUAACUACUGUUAACCCAUGGCUAAUCUUUGCAAAUAGGACUACUUGACAAAUAACUUUCUCCUCCAUGAUUUUGGAUUCUUCCCCAAUUCACAUUGUCAUUUGGUGUUUUUAAAUUUAAUGAUUUUCAUUCUUUUUCU